UGCGAAGUUUCGUCAAGAAAAUAAUUAAAUAAUUUAAAGGUUUUUACUUGUAGAGUUUGUGCAUAUAUCUCAGUUUAUCCGAUUUAUAGAAUCCUUCUUCUUAUGUAAAAACUUCUUAUCGGUGGGGAUCAUGCAGGACUCCCAGUACUGCGACUACUGCGGUGUCGUGGACGAGGUGUACGAGGAACACUCGGAGCUCGACCAUGAGGACACGCCCAAACACAUCUGCAACCGGAUACUGCACCAAUACAAGCACAAGAAGAAGGAGUUCAGCAGGAACAGGGAUGGCGUGAUCAUCCUCGGGGCGGCGAACAGCCUUCCGCUUGCUGGCUCCGACGCCAGGGUCAUCAAGGAACCCCCCACUGAUCACCACAAAGUCCGGAUAUUCGCGAAACCCAACCAAGAGGUGGAGUUCUUCUUCACGAUCACCAACGACAUGAAGAGCGAAGAUCUCCUGGUGGUUGGGAUUCAACUGGCGCACCCACAACCGCAUUUUGUCAUGUGCGACCAUGACUUUAUAUUUGGACAGGAUCCGCAUAUUUUGGAGCCUAAGUCCACAAUCGAUACUAUAUCCAUAACUUUCGUCGGCGCGGACGUGGGGCAGUACGAGAUGCCCAUCAUGUUCACCUUCGUUAGAAAUAGCGAUGGCAAGAGUCUCAUCUUCGUCAGGGAAAUGGUGGUUCUGGUGGCGGCUGAAAGGCCGCAGAAGUUUAACGCCAAGAGUCCCUACUCUAACCUGGACUGGACUCACGCCGAGCGCUUCGUCGUAUCCACAGAUCACGUGCCAUAUAACAACUCGUACAAAAUCCCUAAGCUGCUUAAAAUGUUGCUACCCGCUGGUUUGGACGAAGACGCCCUGGAGAAGAUUGAGGGCCCUCUGGAGUUUAAACUGCAAUUGAGAAACGUGUUGCUGACUACCAGGACCAUUUUUGAUGAAGGAAUAAGCAAAGCUAACUAUAUGCUGUACUUCCACCAUCUGCUUUGGUGGGAGGAGAUCAUUGCUAGGAUCAAUUUAAGGAAAUACAAUAUGACUGCUGUUACUCUAGAGAAGAAGGGUGAACUUUACCUGCUCGAGGUGCCCGGUCUGGCUGAGAACCGCCCUUCCCUAUUACGUGGUGAUAAAGUAUACAUAAAACUAAAUAAUAACAACGAUAUUUUAUUCGAGAGCGUUAUAAAAGAUAUGGAAGAAAGUAUUAUUCACAUCGGGAAUAUUGAUGAAAGCUUCAACGCGUACUACACCCCAGAAACUCUGUUCGACAUCCGUUUCAUGAUGUCUCGAGUUCCGCACGAGCGUGCGCAUGUCGCAGUGGCCAAUGUUUUUGAGAGGAGGCAGGACAGCAGGCUGUUUCCUGAGCCGAGGAAAAAGGAUGUCAAGCUUAAACCGAUCUAUAAAUGGUACAACCCCCUGAUCAAGAACAACGAAGAGCAACGUCUGGCCGUCCAGCACAUACUGUCGGGGACUUCCCGCCGCGCGCCCUACAUGGUGUACGGGCCGCCCGGCACCGGCAAGACCAUGACCAUCGUGGAGGCCAUCAUACAGAUAGUUCUAUACAGCUCGAAGAACCGCGUGAUGGUGUGCACUGAUUCCAACAUGGCGGCCGACCACAUCGCGCUCAUGCUGCUCAAAUAUAACAAGGAGCUUAACAUUAACAAUUUCAUCCUGCGCGCUAACUCUCAGUCUAGGGUUUGGAGCGUGAUGCCAUCAGAACUAGCACCCGUGUCCAACGGCACUAAAUACGAGAACUCGUACUCCGUCAGCAACUACGCUUUGUCGUCCUAUCGCGUCGUUGUCACCACUCUGCUGCACGCUGCUAAAUAUGGCACCCCCCGCGCGCAGGCUCAACACAAGCUGCAGAUGUCGCACCUGUUCAUCGACGAGGCGGCGCAGGCGUCGGAGCCCGCCACGCUGGUGCCCGUGACGGGGCUGCUGGCGCCGGCGGGCAUGCUGGUGCUGGCCGGCGACCCCAUGCAGCUCGGCCCCGUGUGUAUCAGCCGCGACGCCAAGGACCGCGGGCUGGGUAAAUCACUCAUGGAACGUCUGAAGACCGACUACGCGAACCUGUACGAGUCCGACCCCAACUACAUUACCAUGCUGGUGAAGAACUUCCGGAACGACCCCGACAUCCUGUCCCUACCCAAUAACAUGUUCUACGAUGAGAACCUGGUGCCGCUUGCUCCAGUGGACCCGCUGAGCCGGCGCAGCAUCCUCGGGCUGCCGGGCGGCGAGCGCGCGGUGGUGUUCCACGCCGUCAACUCCCGCGAGCAGAGGAUGGGCAAGGCCCCGAGCUUCUUCAACGAAAAGGAGUUAGACAUGCUGAAGAGAUACACGAAGGCUCUGAUAGAACAGCACAACGUCAAGCCGGUGGACAUCGGGGUCAUCGCUCCCUACAUCAGACAAGUGUACAAGAUGAAAACGUGGCUCAUGAGCUCAGGCUACGAUGAGAUCGAAGUUGGCACCGUCGAAGCGUUCCAAGGGAAGGAGAAACGAGUCAUACUCGUGUCCACCGUGCGCGCCAACUGCAGGCUCCUGGACUACGACGCUAAAUACGGGCUCGGCUUCCUAGUGGACGACAAGAGAUUCAACGUGACCCUAACACGAGCCAAAUCCAAGCUGGUGAUCAUCGGCAACCCGACCUGCCUGACCCGCGACAAGAAAUGGCGCCGCUACAUGACCCACUGCAAGGAGCUCAACUGCUACUUCGGCCACGAGUGCGAGCAGAUAGAGAGGACCUCUAGGAUCCUCAAUGAGAAAUGGCGCCACUACAUGACCCACUGCAAGGAGCUCAACUGCUACUUCGGCCACGAGUGCGAACAGAUAGACAGGACCUCUAGGAUCCUCAAUGAGAAAUGGCGCCGCUACAUGACCCACUGCAAGGAGCUCAACUGCUACUUCGGCCACGAGUGCGAGCAGAUAGAGAGGACCUCUAGGAUCCUCAAUGAGAAAUGGCGCCGCUACAUGACCCACUGCAAGCAGCUCAACUGCUACUUCGGCCACGAGUGCGAGCAGAUAGACAGGACCUCUAGGAUCCUCAAUGAGAAAUGGCGCCGCUACAUGACCCACUGCAAGGAGCUCAACUGCUACUUCGGCCACGAGUGCGAGCAGAUAGAGAGGACCUCUAGGAUCCUCAAUGAGAAAUGGCGCCGCUACAUGACCCACUGCAAGGAGCUCAACUGCUACUUCGGCCACGAGUGCGAACAGAUAGACAGGACCUCUAGGAUCCUCAAUGAGAAAUGGCGCCACUACAUGACCCACUGCAAGGAGCUCAACUGCUACUUCGGCCACGAGUGCGAGCAGAUAGAGAGGACCUCUAGGAUCCUCAAUGAGGUAACAACUAACUCAACUUUAACCCGAACAACCGGACCUGACCCGAGACUAGAAAUGGCGUCGCUACAUAACCCACUGCAAGGAGCUCAACUGCUACUUCGGCCACGAGUGCGAGCAGAUAGAGAGGACCUCUAG